UAUUAACAGCCAAUAACAUUAUUUCCUACAUCGUUAGCGGCCAAUUAUAAUUAAGAGGUUUUAAAAAAAACAGUGAUAAUGUGAAAAUUAAAAAUCGAACGAUUCGAAAUCGCCUAUCGUUGUACGUGGAGUUGAUAUCGGUUCUGUUAUUCAGUUCUAUUUCCUUCAUUUUUAUUCUUUUUUUCCUUCUUAGUAUCUAAGGGCGUUAUUAAUGGAUUUUGGUGAUUUCAAGUGAAUUCUGUGUAAACUAGGAUUAUCUUGGAUUUUUUUGUUUGGUAUAAUAUGGGUGUAUAUUUGAAAAGUACCAUGCCGCUGUUAAGUACGUUGGCCGCACUGGUUAUCAUUGUGAAUUCUGCUGAAGAAGACUUGGACGAAUAUGCACGGGAGCUAAGACCUAGGACCAUGGAGACUGACACCACAAACUACGAUGUGCCAUGGAGAGCAGUGAAAAUAGAGCCGAUGAUGACACAUUCAACACAAACUGAUACGUGGGACGGAUCUCUCGAAGAUCCGCCAAAACGCAGCAGACCCAUCCGAAAGCGCAGGCGUCGGCCGCAAGCAGCUCUGAGAGGACCACAGGAGAGAUAUUUGCAACCUGGAGAAUACAGACCCUACAAUACAGACAACUAUAGACCCCUCACAGAGAUACCGUACAGACGCCGAAAAAAGAUCGACACCAAACAAGACGACUGGAAUGGACGACCGGAAGCCGAGGAAAGUCCAAGACCAUUCCGAAGAAAAAACCCGAAAAGAACAUCGAAUCAGGAGUCUUGGCAUGAAUUCAGUGAGUUCGGUGACAUUCCUGCCGAAGAAAACUUGGAUAAUAACGCAGCAAUUCCAAAACACGAAGCUACAAAUUAUGACACCGAAGUAGAAAAUAGCGAAAGUCACCAGCCACGACUAACAAUAAAUCAAUUUUAUAACGAAGAGAAAAAUCGAAACGCAUUUGCGACAGUAGACGUUACCGCGGAAGACGACGACGAUGAACCAUUGCAGUUUCCUGCAAAUAAAGAUGAAUAUGAAGAACAAAACAAUCCCGAAGUAAAAGAGAAUAAGUCUCUAUCAGAAUUUUCGUUGGAAAAUGGUUCCCCUAUUCGAAUCUCACAAAACAGAAAUGAAAAUGGACAACAUGGCCAAGAAAAUUUAAAUGACAUUACCGAACAAAGUAAACCCUUGGACCCGAUUUCGCUAAAAGAUAUAUUACAAAAAUCGAAAGGGAAGAGUCUGAGUGAAUUACUGCAACAGCAUAAUCUUACUUUAGCCGAUCUACUCAGCGGCGAGAAAAAUGCUCUAUCAGUAUUAAAAACAACAGAAUUACCACAAACAGAAAAAGAAGCUAUCGAGGAGCUAUCUACGACAACCAAAACUCCCACGACUGAGACGUCAAGACCUUUAACAAGAAAAACACAUAGCGUUUUUGAACAUGCAAUGGAUGACAAAAAAGAUAUCAAUUUAGACGAGCUAUCGUCUUCAGAAGAAAUUGUUGCAACAACAUUCAGAUAUAGUACCACGGAAACAACAACAACCGUUGUUACUGACAAAACUAACACUAUAAAUAAAUUUAGGUUAAAACACUCUUUUAAUAAUGAAACUUAUAAUAUUCCUUUGAAUGAAACAUUUAAAGCUGGUAAAAGACGACGAUAUCCUACAGGCGUUCGGAUAAAUCUCCGCAUGAGACCACUAGGUAAUAACUCUUAUAAGGGACAGCUAAGUAGAGACAUGAUCAAUAUUACCAAUAGAAGAUAUCAAAAUAAUAACUUUACUAAAUUCAGGCAGUGGAAAGAACUCAUUCCAGCCAUUAAAAAUAUUACAAACUCACAGUUCAAUGUAAGCUUAGAAGAUACAGAUCAAGAAUCCACAACAUCGAUGCCUGAAGAAAUAACAACAGAAAAUAUUCCCCAAUUCAAUACACAAAGCAGCGAUGAAGCCGAAAUAGAAACAACAAAUACGAAUACAGACACAAUACCUACCACAACAGUCAAUAUUAUUGAAACAACGACUUAUGAAAUGAUUCCUCCAAUCAGACCAUCACUGGCUUCUAGAGUAAGAACGCGACAAAACAUAACCAACUUAAGGCAGCAAGCUUUUGUAAACAGAUUAAGAAAUAUAAAAUCAAAACACAAGAUUGCGACGAAUAAAACAUCACCGGGACAUUUACUUUCAGAAUUAUUUGAAAUGGCGAACUUAGUAUCGGCAUCUGAAUUUAUUGCAAAAAUGAAAUCAAAACCAAAAAAUGCAAGUGAUGUCCCGAUUGUAACGGUUACCACAGUAGAUGACCUUACAGAUACGUCAUCUAAAUCCCCCGUUCAAAAAUCUAUCAAAAGAUCGAGACCUCGUGAGAAGAAAUUGAAACUGUCCACAACUGAACCGCCUAUAGUUAGCACUACAGAGAAUGCUAAGCUUGAAAUAGAAGAAAUUCUCCAUGAUUCUUUAAGUAGCGCCACGUUGUCAAAAAUAUUAAGAGAAAGAAACAUGACGUUGUCUGAAUUAUUGGAACAUAGAGAACGUGGGUCCAGUCACGUGCAUUUAGCAGAUAUAUUCCACAACGCGUCACGGGAACCUAAUCCGCCUGAACCUUUUCUCUCCAAAUCUCUUAUUGAACCAAUAUCAAAGGAAACAUAUCCUUUGAGAGCGCUAUUAGAAGCCAAUUCACAUAACAGUACGGCGAGGCCAACAACAACCGUACCUUAUGUAACACAAACAGAAUACAUAAGCAUACCAAUGAUGAUGGAUUUCGGUAACAAUGUAAAUGAAAACGGUGAAAAUAUAGGAAUAUCGUCAUUGAUAAAUAACUUCACAGUGGAAAAUAAUACAAACCAUAUUAUGAAAAAUGUAAAGAACGAAGAUAAGAUCGCAGCAAUACUCACGAACAGAACAUCACGACAGAGUCGCGGUAAUGAAGAUUUAAUCACGCUCAAUGAAAUAUUUUCUUUAAUCCAAAGAAGUCGUAAUACGUCUGAAGAUAUGGUUGAACAUUCAUCAAAUGAUACAUCAGACUUAACAGUUAAGAAAAUUGUUCUAGAAGAAGACAUUAAUGGAGAUGGUUUAAUAGUUUUAGAAGACGUACAAGGACUCGAUCAUAACCCAUCUGAUGAAAAAGUAGAAUUCAAAUCAUUAGGAACUGAAGAGAACUCUCCAAAAAUUGUACCAGAGACAAUAAAUCCUAAUACAAGAUCGGCUACAGUUGUCACCGCUAGUAUUGUAGGACUAAUAGCUGUGUUAUUUCUUCUGACAUUUGUUACAUUUAGAUGGAAACAUCAACAACAUGUGUUUAUCAGAAAAUAUGGUUCCAGUGAAGAUAGAAUACCAUCACCUGUCUUUGAAAAUAGAAUGACCACGAAAACAAGCAGCAUGCGAAGUCUUAGUCCAAUGCUAACAUCUAAUAUUUAUUCAAUUGAUACUUUGGAAAAACCCCAUGAUAAAGAUUGUCCUGAAUACACAUGGGAUAGUUUAAGAAAACCAUAUCUGUAACUUGAUAAAUCUCAACGACUUUAUGCUAUUGUAAAUUUCAAUAUAGAUAGUUUAAAAAUUUUAAUAGUGACCUGAUUUUUAUUUA